AUGUUUAAUGAAGUGUGUAAAUCAAUUAAUACGAUCGAUGAAUAUUAUGCUAGUGAUCCGAAAACCCUGGGAAAAGAUAAUUCUAUGAAUUUAUUAAAUUUAGUACUCUCUGGAAAUAAUUGUAGUAGUGAUGACCCAAAACUUAUCUCUGAUUUUAUAGCAUUGCUAACUAUAUUCAAUGGUAUUGAUAUUGGUGAGGAUUUAGAUAGUGAUAAACUUGUUGAAUACGCUAUUUUAUGGUUAAGUUAUAAUAUAAAUCAAAAAAAAGAAAAUAGAACGACGAGAUUAAACGAUUUUCAUACUGGAAAUAUAAAAGGAAAUGAUUGUUAUAAUAAGCAUAUAGCUUCUGAUAGUAGUAGUGGUAAAAAGAUUCAUAUGGAUGUUAUAGAUACAAAAAUAGAAUCGAUGAAUAUCGAUAUUAAAGAUAUAUCUAAUUUUUAUGACGCAUUUAAAUCAUUAUGUAACAUGUAUAGUGAAUUUGAUCCAGAAAAAAGUACUGAAUGCAAGACAUGUUUAGAAACUGCUGGAGAAUUUUUUGAAAAAUGUGAAAAAGUUAAAAAUGCUUUUGAUAUUAAUAAAGGAAGUUCUUAUUUACAACUAUGGUCUAGUUUGUCAAAUGAUUAUAAUAUUUUUAAACAGGAAUAUAUUGGUAAAUGUAGUAGUAUCUCACAACUUGUAGCUUGUCCACGAAGUUCAGUAACAAAAAAUAUGCUAAUUACAAUUGCAAUUAUAUUUGUUGCAGCAUCAAUUUUAUUGGGAGUUUCUUAUAAGUAUUCGUUAUUUGGAUUUCGGAAACGAUCUCAAAAACAACAUUUAAGAGAAAUGCUAAAAAAAUAA